CAUGGGACCAGCCCCAGGACAUGAACCUUAAGAGGAGACGAUGGUGAUGAUGUACAUCAGGAUUCUGCUCAUUGCAGUGACAUCAUCUUCUUGGGAAACUUGUUCCUCUACAAAUCCCAAUCCACACUGGAGCUGAGCUCUCCCUUGAUCACCUCAAGGGAAUCCACCCACAGGAUCAACAGGAGGUGGAGGGUAGGAAAACAUAUAAAGCUCCCUGGAAGCAGCUGUUCUUCACUGCCCUGACUGCAAGGAUCUGCUCUCAGCAUGAAGACACUUCUGCUUGGGUUGCUGCUCAGCCUGGCAUACCUGGAGAUGGCCCAGUCCUUACGAUGCUACACGUGUGAUAAGCCCACAGACAUUGAUAAGUGCAAAACAGCCACCCUGUGCCCCCCGAAAUCUACCGUGUGCACAACAACACUGCACUCUGUAGACUCAGGUUACCCCUUUUUUGGCAACAUCACAGUGACCAGAAGCUGUGAGCAGGAGUGCAUUGCCUACAAUGGCAUAGGGGCAGCCAAACCCAAGUCCUGCUGCUACACCGACCUCUGCACCGACGACACCCGGAGCAGCAACGGGGUGGGCAGCAGCUCUGCACCCCUGGGGCUGCUGGCCAUGGCUCUUGGCACACUCCUCCAGUGCUCUCUGUAAAGUGCCCAUGAUGCAGCCAAAACACAGCACCUCCUCUCUCUGACAAGCUGCCUUGUGAACUCUCAGAUGCCUUCGGAAUCGCCUUCUUUGCUUCACCCAUCUUCAAUGCUGUGAAGUCAAGUGGAUUCAAGCCAAGAGUUUGGGCACCUGGACAUAAAACCCCUCAGCUAUCCAGUUUCCAGCUGCUAAGCAGAUGUUCCUCACCUUCAGCAUCCACAUUUGCCCCUACAGCUUUCACCUGUGGGGAGCAGGAGGGGAUGAUGUGCUGCAGGUCUGCACAGAAGGAAGGAGCAGGCAGUGCCAUCGAGGCUGGUGCUCUGGCACCAUCCUCAGCAAGGGAUGUACAAUGGACAAGGACAAUGCUUCUUUUCUCCCCAGGUCUCCUCAAGAUCCCACACAACAUGUGCCUGUCUGCCUCUAUUAAAUUCACAUGUACAGCCCCCUAACAAAGUCCUGCAACCUUUCAAUCAGGUGCUUGGCUUUUCCUUUUCCCACUUUUGGUGCCGUCACCUGAGUCAGAGCAGCAGAUGGACACUGGUCCCAGCUCAUACACCCACAGCAGAGUGUGCCUUGCAGCUGCAGAGAGCUGCCAUUGAAGUCUAUCUAGAACAAGCUAUGGGAUGAGUUCAGAAGGGUUCAGCCUUCAUAUGUUGAGGUAGGAUGUAUUCCUGGAAAGCUCAAGAGAAAUUACCAUCCCAGACCCUCAGCUCUGGGAAAAGUCACUGGCUUCACUCACCCUGUUAACAGUGUUACUGGGGAUCUGCUCCAUCCUCCCUUGGAGCAGCUGUAGAUUCAUUUGGAUGCCCUGUGUGCUGUAAAAAAAGAAAAACAUGGAGUGGAAGCGGCUAUAAAUCAUAGAGUCAUAGAAGUGUUUGGGUUGGAAAAGAGCUUUAAGCUCCUGGAGUGCAAACCCUCACCUCACAGUGCCACAGCCACCACUGAGCCACAGCCCUCAGCAGCUCAGCCCCACGGCUUUGGCAUCCCUCCAGGGCUGGGCACUGCCCCAGCUCCCUGGGCAGCCUGGCACAGGGCUGACACCCCUCUCAGGGACACAGUUCUGCCUCAGCUCCAGCCUCAACCUCCCCUGGGGCAACUGCAGCCCCUUUCCCCUUGUCCAUCAUUCAUGACUUGGGAGAAGAGCCCAACUCCUCUUGCUACACUCUCUUGUCAGGGAGUUGCAGAGUGAUCAGGUCUCCUCUGAGCCUCCUUUUCUCCAGGCUAAAUCUUUGCCUCAAGUACCCUCAUUUAGCCCAGAGCUUCCCAGUGCAUCUUCUCCUCUCCUUGCAGCCCCUCAGUGUCCCUGUGGCAGGGAGUGAGGGGCCCAGCACUGAGCACAGCCCUCCAGACAUGGCUUAAAGAACCAGGCAUGCCCAGCUCACAGCCUUCUCUGAUGAAGCAGAGCCAGGGAACUUGCCAUUUGCUCCCUUCCCAUCGCCAGGGCUCGUUCAGGGGAGCAAGAAGCAAGCUGCAAGGGCAGAGUGGAGCACAUCCCAUGCACCAUUCAUGUAUGUUGAUGCAGUCCCUGUAACCUCCUUUGGAGCAGUCUCCUUUUUUUCUCCUUUUAUCUUUUCACUCUCCUUUUCUUUCUCCUGUUCCCCACUCCCUUCCCACCAGACAUCCUCCAGGAAUGCAAAGGAAUGAGCAAGGGAGGCUCUGUUUCUCCAUUGCACUCAGGUAACUACUUCUCAAUGCCUAUCUCAGCAGCAUUUACAAGAGACCUUUGACAAUGCUUUGUGUUCCUUGGCAGAGGGCCCUGUGCAAGCCUGAGGCUCAGGAGGAUCAUCAUCCCCUUUGCUCUGGAGGUGAAACGCUCUUUGCUUUACUAAAGCAGUGACAGCUUCUCUGAAACACUCUUGCAAUGCUGAGGUCUACAGGGGGAAAAUGCCAUUGAGGGGAUGAUGUUUGGGAGUUAGUUACACUUGCAGACAUAAAGCACCAGCUUCUGCUUCUUACUCAUCUGUUCUCUCUUCCCCUCAUUUUAAAACCAGGCUGACAUGACAAAGUCAGAAGCAAAACCACCAUCAGUGCCAUCCUUGAUCACACCCCCUUUUCUCUUCUGGGCUGAAGCUCUGGACUAAGUCACUGCCUUCAGUGGCUUUCCCAUGCUGGUUAUAGGGCUCUGUGCUGUGCUAAAGGUGUUCCAAACCUCCCUCCAUCCAAUGCACCUGCAAAUGGGGCAGGGUCUGGAUGCAGAGGGACUGGGAGGU